UUCAUCUGUCAAACGUCAAAGACUAUAUUCACACAACUCUGCAAAAUCGAUACUAGAAAAAUACAUAUUCUAAAGUGAUAAUUCUUGCUCGGUGCCAAAAUAUUUCAGUAAAUAUGGCUGAGAGUGUUAACAUUGAGAUUUCUGGUGAAAUACCUAAUGCUUCCACAGAAAAGAUUGGUUUGCAAAAGUAUGUCGAAUUAAUAGAUUUGUUACUGCAGUAUGCCCGAAGUGGUGCUGUGCCCGCACUCAUGAUGAGAGUCUUAAACAAACGUCAGCCAUGGACUCAAUUUAUUGCUACAGAAAACUUUAAGGUUCCAACUUCUGUACCACGAAUAUCACGCAGAUUUUAUAAAAACUUGCAACAUUUUCAAGCAAAUUAUCUCAUUAUAUUUUUAGGACUAUUUAUUUACUGUUUAAUCACAUCACCUUUUUUAUUAUUUGCCGUGGUAGUAAGCUCUUAUUGCAUCAAGAAGUAUUUCAAUGGACAUAAAAGUUUUAAGAUUGGUGGUUGGGAAUUGCCGAAGAUCCACCAGGUCGCACUUGUGUCGGUGGUGCUCACGAUACUUUUUGUGCUCGCCGACGCCCAAGCAGUUCUGUUUUGGAUUCUAGGAACAACGGUAACGAUUGUCGGUUUCCACGCAAUCUUCUACGACGCAGACGCUCUGCCUUCGAUAGAAGACCCCGAGAAGUUCCCAAUGAUCGAGGAAGUUUAAAAGGAAGUCGUUCUAUGGGAGAUGAUGUCAUUGCACUAAAUGAGCAUCUCUCUCCUAUAGUUCCUUAGAACUAUAAACCAGCCGAGUUAAGUUAUCAGUGACGUCAGUUUGUAUACUGAUAAUUCGUUCAAUUGUUCUAUUUGAAUUCUUGUAAAAGUGGCCAGUCCGUAAUAAUUCUUAAAUUGAUAAAAAUUCGUACCUAUAUGUUCACGUCAUGUUUUGCGGAACAAAAUAUGUGAACUACCCGUCGUACAACACGCACAUGACAGUUCGCGCGAUCUUAGUUGGCCGGAGUGAACUGAGUCGAGAGUGGUGGCGCGGAAACAAUUUCAACGUUGAAAUUGUACUUGGGAAUACUUGGGAACUAUAAGCGAAUGUCUCAGAGAGCUAACUUCAGGCCGGCCAAGUAAGUGCGUGCAGACUUUAUCUGAUCUUAAUACUUUAUAGGAAACUUUUUUUCUCAAUUAUUCGUUAGCUAGUAUGCAUAUUUAUUUAUCAUUUUUACAUGGAUACAUAGUCAAUAGGCAAAUACAUGUUUAACCCUUUUAAGUUCUAUUACACAGACCGACAAUAGUUUCGGCCGCCAUGACUAGUGUUAUCGACACAUAGUAAGUAAGAGUGUUAUUUAUUUGUUAAUUAUAUGAAUUCAAAUUGUAUAUUUGUUCUUGUAUACUAAGGUAUUUGUAUAUAGCGUAUACCGAAAUAAUGAUAAAUCUAUUACAUUUUAA